CUGGCACACCUUUUGAGCACCAUCCAAUCAACGGGUACGUUGCUCUCUUGCCGAAACAACAUCGAAUGUUUGACAGGAAGCAGACGUAGAAAACAUGCUUCAGUUCAGGCAACAGAGGCAGAAGUAACCAAAGGUUGUACGGUGUGUUUUUAAAACUUAAAUCAUUAUGUCUAUGGACUUAACAUUUCUCGGUACGGGAUCAGCGUAUCCUUCCCCACACCGCGGUGCCUCAGCUCUGGUUCUUCGUACCGAAGGAGAAUGUUGGUUGUUCGACUGUGGAGAGGGCACACAAAUCCAACUAAUGAAGAGUCAACUGAAGGCUGGUAAAAUCACCAAAAUAUUCAUCUCUCACUUACAUGGAGAUCACCUAUUUGGCCUGCCGGGGUUACUCUGUACCGUAAGCCUCAACUGCAGUCCAACGCAACCCCCACCCUGCGUGGAUGUGUAUGGCCCUGUGGGCCUCAGGCAUUUUUUACGAGUUGCCCUGGAGCUGUCAGGCUCCCAGCUCCUGUUUCCCUACGCCGUCCACGAGCUGGAGCCCACGGCUGACCAGUGCCCCCCGGAGGGCGUGUUGAGUCCCAAAGUGACCCAGAGCAGUGACAGCCUCCAUCCUCAAGAGCGACCGGGCCGCACCAUCUGUCUGGAUCCGGAGAGCGAAUGCUACUCGCUUUUUGAGGAGAAGCAGUUCGCAGUGAAGGCUUUCAGGCUCUGUCACCGGAUUCCGUCCUUUGGGUUCUGCGUGCAGGAGCAUGACCGUCCUGGACGUCUGAACAGCCAGUUACUGAGAGAACUAGGAGUGAGGCCAGGACCGUUAUACGGGCAGCUCAAAAACGGCGAGACCAUAACACUGGAAAACGGACGCGUAGUCAAACCAAGCGAAGCUUUAGAACCAGACAUCCCUGGCAGGAAGGUGUGCAUCCUCGGCGACUGCAGCUCGCUGCUCGGAGAGGGAGGGCAGAGGGCGUGUCGAGGAGCGGACGUCCUGGUCCACGAGGCCACGUUGUCCGACGGGCACCGAGAGCGGGCGGUGGAGCACGGGCACAGCACGCCAAGCAUGGCCGCUGCGGUGGCGCGCUCCUGGGGAGUGGGCCGCCUGGUGCUGUACCACUUCAGCCAGAGGUACAGGCCUGCCAGCCUGCAGAAGGAGACGCAGGAGGAGGACGAUGUGCUGGAACUCCAGCGGCAGGCAGAGGACGCGCUGACGGGCACCGGCACUGACGUGGUGCUGGCAGAGGACUUCCUUACCAUGACUAUACCCCUCAAAAGACCUCAACACGGACCUGGGAGUGGGGAAAAUGUCUGUUAAAAUUAUGGGGGGAAAAAAUGCAUUUCAUUCUGACUGAUGUUUCAUGUUUGGCGAACAAACAUUAAGACCUUCUGUGCCGAAUAUGUUUUUAAAAAUAUAUUUUUAUGGUCUUUUACACCUUUAUUAUUCAGACAGGACAGUGGGGUAUAGAGAUGGAGAUAGAUCAGGGAAUUGAACCCAGCUCCUCAUUGUUAUGGUUUGGCUAGUUAGCCCACUGAGCCACGGUAGCCAGGCCAUGCCCUCCAAGUGACGCAACCAGGGCUCGAGUUGUAGGGGGGAUGCAAUCACCCCCUCAAUGAAAAUGGUGUAAAAUCACCCCCUCAAUGAAAAUGGUCAAAAACCCCCCUUAAAACAGGCAUCCCUCUUCACAUAUACAGUAUUGUGUUGAAAUUGCACUUUUAACAACUACAUUUUCAUUUUUUUCUCGGUGGAGAAACUGCCAAGCCCCCAAUUAUCACAAUGCAUCUCUGACCAUCCCCCCUGCUUUGAUUUUACAACUCGACUGCUGGACGCAACAUCUUUCGUAUGAGAUCUGAAUGAUAAUCAGGCAAGAGCGAAGAGCCACCACGGUGCCCCCGGUGCCAGACAUGUUAAACUGGACUGUUUUUUAGAAUAUGAGAAUAAUGGUACUGCCCAUUGCAUUUGCUUGGCACAAACAAUGUUUUUAAACUGAACCAUUCAACUGUAGAAUUAUUUCCCUGUUGCAAUGACAUAUAGUUGUUGACACUUUUGUGGAAACUGUAGGCCUAUGUUGAUUUGUGGGACAGAUUAUAUUUAUGCCAUUAAACACACUUCAUGUUUUUAUACUUGAAAGAAAAUAAUACAUGCUGUAACCAAUGUAUUUUUUUCCUGGGAAAGUAACUGUUUGACCUGCAAUUAGUUCUAAUGUCAAACAAUAUUAUAUUAGGCCUACUGUACUAUGGGAGAUUUUUUUUGUAAUAAAGAGCAUGCUGAAAUCAA